AAAAUUACAUUGGGACACGUUUUUUCCCAUUUAUUUCUAAUAAUACCGUUUCUCUUUAAAUUAUUAAGUUUACCGUCAGUUUUACCGUUUUUGAUUUUUAUACAAUUUUUUUAUUUUUUGGCUUCUUCAACACGCUUAGUGGAUGAGAGGGGCUGACGUAAGUGUCAGUUGAAAUGUGAUAGGCGUCUUAUCAGUGUGGGCGCGUGGGCACGUUUCAGUUUUUGAAUUUUUUUAAAAUUUUCACCCAAAAGGUGGGUUGUAAACCCAAACCGCCUAUAUACCUAUCAAUAUAAGUGUUAUUUUCAUUUUUUCCCAACUUCAUUUCUUUUCUCUAAACGUUUAGUAAUGGUGAAAACACGUUCGUCUACAUCUCCAUCCGCGUCCUCCAAGGCUAUGAAUCCGAAGAACAAAUCGAAAGAAACAAUGUCCGAGGGUAGUGAUAGUGGAGAGUCUGAGCUUUCUUCGAAGAGGAAGAGGAACAAUGUCGGGUCUAAGAAGGGGAAACAUGCAGAUCGUCCGUUGAAAAAGAUGAAGCAAGUGAUUGAAGAAGAGGAUGUUGAAUAUGAUAGUGACGAUUUGGAGAUUGGAGUUCCAGAUAGUAUUAAGGAGUGGGAGCAAUAUUUUAAACCUGAGAGUCGUGUUAAGGGUAAGAUGAUUUUCUUCCCUAAUACAUUGGAGAACAAAGUGAUUGCAAAUAUCAAUGCUAAGUUGAGCCCUGAACAAAUUAGGCUUUUUCGUAAAUCAUGUUUUGGUCAUUUGUUAGACAUGAAACCAAUUUUAUAUCAACCUCAGUUAAUACAUAAUGCUCUGCUUAGGGAGGUACAUCAAAAAAAUGAGAAGGAGAUGUGGUUUAAGUUUGGGUGUGAAAAUUUUAGGUUUAGUUUGGCUGAGUUUGCGGUCAUAACUGGUUUACUGUGUAAUGGUGAUAAUGAUAUGAAAAAGUAUGCAAAAAGGGAGAAUGCAUUUGUUGAUAAGUAUUUUUUCGAGCAGCAAGUCACUCAUGGUGCGGUUGAACAAAGAUUUAUGUUUAGUGAGUUCAAGAGUGAUGAGUAUGCUGUUAAAAUGGCAAUUUUGUACCUUCUUACCAAUGGGUUGAUUUGUAGUCCUGCUGUAAAAAAAGUUUCUGAUGAGUUGAUGAAUAUUGUGGGGCUUGGUGAAUAUGAUAGUUUCCCUUGGGGGAAAAUUGUUUUUGAUCUUACAUUGCACAAUUUGAUGAUUGCUUUGAGGGGCAGAAAAAGAACAGAUUUGUCUGAUGAUUCAUGUGGUAAGGGAAAAGCUAAGGUGAAACGCAAACAGACGAAAGAAAAUAGUAAAACAUACAAGUUACCUGGUUUCCCUUAUGCAUUUAUGGUCUGGUUGUAUGAAACUAUUCCGUUAUGUCUUAAGGCAUCUAUAUGCCAAUAUGAUGCUUCGCAAGAGUAUAGGAUUUGUAGGUGGUCAAGUACUGGAAAUCCUAACUCUGGGGAGCUGGAUAGGAAAAUUUUCAUGUCAUCAAAGCUGAAAGCUCAAGCUAUUCUCCCCACUGAUGUUGAAAGGAAGAUGAUGAAACUUGAAGGUUUUGAUUUCCCCUUGUUGGAAACUUCUGAAGAUGAUUUUGAUGAUGAGCCAUUACAAAGGAAGCAUUAUGAGAAAGGUGACCCAUCUGGUAUACAGAGAAGUUAUGGUGUGGGGAAAUCUGAUCUAGUAGAGUUAAAGAACAAUGUGAAGAUGCUUGUUGGUAAUCAAACAAAAAUUGAUGAGUCUUUGAGUUUGUUGAGUACUGAGAUGAAGUGUAGUGUUAAGGAAUGUGAGUUGAAUAUGAAGUCUUAUAUCGAUGCAAAAAUUGAUGGAAGUUUGAAGUUUUAUUUGGACAUGAAGUUCAAUGAGUUGAGAAAUUGCUUUUUAAGUGGAAAUGAUGGUGGAAAUGUUGUAGUGAGCGAUGAGGAUACUUUUAAUAUGAAUGAUGAUGACCUUGUUUUGACAAAUGAAGAAGAGCCAGUUGUGGAGGUAAUUUUAGUUAAUUAAGAAACUAUUAUGUUUACUGUUUUUUAAUUAGUUGUUAGAUUAAUUAUUGGGUUUUAUGUAAACUGUUUUUUUUUAUGUAAACUGUUUUUGUGUAAACUGUUUUGUUUAUUUUUGAUAAUAUUUGUAAUAUAAAGUUAAACUUUUGUUUAGGUUGAAAAAGCUGGGGAUGAAAUGUUGGUAGAUAAUAAGGUAACUUUUUUAAAUUUUAAUAUUGGUGUAAAUUAUUAGGAUUAUUUUUAUUAUUUUUGUAGUGUAAUGUGAAAUUAUAUACAGGUUGAGGAAGUUUUAGAUGUUACGAAUAUAGAGAAUAAGGUAACUUUUUUUUUUAUUGUAGUUUUUAUUGUAGUUUACUUGUUAUAUUUAGAAAUCAGUAACAUUUUUGGUUUAUGAUUUGUUUUUUAUUGUAGAAUGAUGGUGGUAGUCAGCCUACUUUUGAUAUAAUGUGUUUUAUUACAUCCCAACCUGGUGAUGAGAAAGGGGAUGAUGACAAGAAAGAAGUGGUUGAUGAUGAUCAUGAGAUGUUCAAGAACGGAUCUAACAAGUUAAGGGAAGAUGAUAAUGAUGGCGAUGACAAGGUUAUAUUUUAUGUUUUAUUUAUAUAUUUUGGUAUGUGAGUUAUAUAUAUUUGCAUGUUGAUAAUUUAUUAUUUCAUUUUUUUAUUUUGUUUUUUGCAGGGUAUUGGUGGUGAUGGGGUUGGUGCCAAGGAAGUUAAAGGUGGAGGUAAUGUUGGUGGAUCUAGUGGUGGAGUGAGUGCUGGGGAGUCAGCUGUCAAAGAAGGCAAGGAGGUAGUUAGUGUAAAUGAGAAGGUUGCUGAUGAUGAGAUGAUUUAUGAAGAAACCAAAGAGUUUACUGGUGCAACUGAAAAGUUGGGUGAUAGUCAAGGUACAGAGGAUAGUAUAACACUAUCUGCUUUAGAGAAGAUCAAUGUUAUUGAGGAAACAAUUGCAAAGGUAUUUUUAUGUUCGUGUUUGG